AUGCCUUCAGCCGCGCUGCAAUCAAGGAUUAAAGCUUUCGAGGCUCUCGCCGACCAGCGUCCUUCUCAGACGACGACAAAACCUUCGUUUGUCGUUUUAAAGGCAAAAUAUCCUCCUUCAUCUAAUACUAAUAACCUCCUGGAAUCACCUAUCUCACCUACCUCAGACUCAAUCCCACCAAUUGCUCCAUUUACGCCGUCAAAGUCUUUGAGCAGGUCACCGUCACCGUCGCCUCCAAAUCUAGGUCGUAGAACCUCAUUAAUUGACUUAAAAGACUGGAUUGUAGAUGAUGGACCAAACGGGGCACCGUCCGGCGUCUCACACUACAAUGGCAGGCAUCUGAAAGGCUUUCCAGAUAUCAGAAGAACGCCCCCACAGGUUCCCCAUAAACCUGCUGCUGCUCGUUUAGCACCAAUGUCUUCAGCACCACUCAUUAACUUGGAAUCCCCUCCCAAGUCACGUCCGCCCCUCCCACCACGUAAACCUUCAUAUGCAUCGACAGACUCUUCACCUUCAAUUUCAAAUUCUGCUAUCUCUGACAGCAGUGCUACUCUGCGACCCCCAGGGCACUCAGAUUCACUCACUGUAGAGCACACUUACCCCCCUCCCCGUCCACAUGCUUUUGGCUCAGCCCGCGCAAGCCACGCGCCCGCUUCUUCCAUUUCAUCAUUUCAUUCCGUAUCUCUUUCUGAUGGAAGCGACCUGAAACUCAUGAGCUCAAGACUGUCCGUACAGUCAUCGCUUGUGACAAAUGGUGAUAACGAUGGCAGCGUGGACGGGGACAUCGCGAGCAUCGCUGACUCGUUUGAGAAUGUGUCUGUGACUUCCGCGAUAAGUCCUACCACCAACGUCCCUUUUGAUUGGGGGAAGGCCGCUAGCAACGGCAACGGCAUACCUAGGCCCGAGCCUCCCAAAUUACCUCAGCGACCAGGUACAAAACUUCCCUUGUCGCCCCCCGUUUCGAGAUCAGUGUCAACAUCAUCAUCUAUAACGCCCACCACUCACCGACCCCGACCUCCACCUCCACCGCCUCAAUCACGCACUAAACUUCCUUCCCGCACAUCACCUGCAUCCACCUCUGCAUCCACAUCCGAUCGCUCAUCCAUCCUAAGCAACGCAACCACCGCCUCUCUCACAAGCAUAAGUACCACAAGCAUAAGUACCCGAAAUAGCGGGCAUCGACGGAAAGCUGCCAAGAAAGCCAAGUUGAAGUCCCCACCAUCAUCUACAUUGUCAGUAAAGAAGAGCAGACAAGCUGCUGGCUGGAGAGGGCUUUCAGUCGACCUGAUCACCAACCCGGAGGAUCAUCCUUCACUACCCUUGAAGGAUGCAGAAAGCGAGAAUGACGAUACACAUCUAGUCCCAGUUGGACCUGAAGAGAGACUAGGCGGCCGAAUAGUGAAGCUCGUCUGGAAUGCUUCAAAACUUGACCGCGGCAAACUCCGGGACAUAUGGAAUGACUGUGAUCCGUCCUCGACCGGCUUUCUUGACCGCGAAGCAUUCGUCAAGGGAAUGUGGCGAAUUGACGAAGAGCUCCGGAGAGCCCAGCUGACGAGACGGACGUCUGCACUCAGCGCCGCUUCGUCGCAACGCAUUCCCCACCGUCCGAAGAAUGCGAGCAAUCCAAGAUUGUUAUUGCAAUAGUAGGACGUGCUUCCCUUAUACCCCCGCACUCUCUUCCAUACCCGUGGACUAUGUAAUAAGUCAUCUCUCGCGACCAUGCAAUAUACUCACGAUCUAAUUGCUCUUGCGGGACUUGGGUGCGUACAUACGCUUUGCAAACUUUUAACUUGUUUGUGGAUACCCACAAGCACCAAAGCAGUGGAGCCUUGAAUGCUCUUAUCGACGACCUUCGUUUUUCCAAGAUUAAAUAAACACGAACGCUACCAGUUGGUGUCAAUUUAUUCAAUUUCAUACAACGAGCAAUCUCUCUCGCCCAACUUAACAGUUUCUAC